AUGGGGGUGAUGGUCUGGAAGGAGAGCGAGUGUCCGGGUCCACACCACAAGAGCCCAGGUAAUUGCGAACAGAACUCCUGGCAAGGACGGGUUGGUGCCUAUCAGCUCCCCGGGGACAGUUUCCUGGACAAAGAGAAGGUGCCCCUUCAGUGCAGUCUCAGGAGGCAACUGCCCGCGGAGGGUGCCAAGGCCGGCCCGGCUCUCCAUGGGGGGAUGGAGAAGAAGAGCUCGGGGUGCUGUGAGGCCCCAAAGAAGCGGGGCCUGUCCUUCUCCAUCGAGGAGAUCUUAAAGAGGCCGGCUGAGAGGAGUGAUGCAGUCAGGCCAGAAGGGGCAGGUGGACAGGGCACCGGGCAAGCAGCAGCUGCAGACUCUGGGCCGGAGAGACCCCCGCAUAACCAGCCCCAGGAGGAGAGGAAGGGCAAGCGGAGGAUCCGAACCACCUUCACCACAGAGCAGCUGCAUGAGCUGGAGAAGAUCUUCCACUUUACCCACUACCCUGAUGCCUACGUCCGCAACCAGCUGGCAGCCAGGAUCAACCUCCCAGAAGCUCGGGUACAGAUCUGGUUCCAGAAUCAGCGAGCCAAAUGGCGGAAGCAGAAGACCAGCAGCCUUGGGGCUUCGCCGCAGCCGAGCGAGGCCGACUUGGCCCCGCCCACAAACCCAGACGUGGUCGGCCCCAUGCUGCUGCCCCCUGCACGGCCCAGGCUGGCUCCUCCCACAGGUUGCUAUUUACCGGCUCAAGGUCAGCUGGCCUCUGCCUGGCUCCCCACCCGGAUCACCCUCCUGCCAUGCCACCCGUGGGAGACACAGCCUCUCCCGGGCCCUCUCAUCAUCCAGCAGACCUGCAUCCCUGCACUUUGCUUUUUUGCACCUCCGCAUCCCAAAUGGGGCAACAUCUGUGCCACUUCCACACAGGGACCAGACAUCCUCUCCUUAGUGGAGCUGCUCUCUUCUCCAGGUGAAGGCAGAUGGCGGCGGUCGGCGGCGCUGAGGCGGGAUCCGAGCGAGCCUAGUGAAGGUAGCGGCGAGCGGAGCCCCCACGAGGCCGAGCUGGGCCCCCACCCCCAGGCGGCAGUGGCCCCGCCCCGCCACCACCCGCCGCCUCGGGCCGCGACACCGCCCUGA